AUGUCAUCCUCCCCUGAAAGAAGGGGCCGAAAAGCUUCAUCUUCAUCUCAGAAUACUAAGGAAUCAAAUGGAAGUACAGAAAUGGAUGAUCCGGAGAGGACAACAUCAAGGGUUGCUAAAUUCAUUGAGCAGCUACACACUUUGUCUUCUCCAGCUGAAAAAGAACUUAUCACGGCACAUUUGCUAGGUAUUGCUAAAGCAAGAAACGAAGCACGGGCUCUUAUUGGCUCACAUAGCCAAGCAAUGUCAUUGUUCAUAUCCAUUCUUAGGAAUGGUAGUCUGCUGGCAAAAAUAAAUGUUGCUGCAACGCUUGGUGUCCUAUGUAAGGAUGACGAUUUGCGGGUGAAGGUACUUCUAGGUGGAUGCAUCCCACCUUUACUCUCGCUUUUGAAGUCAGAUUCAAUUGAUGCUAGGAAGGCAGCUGCAGAGGCUUUAUAUGAAGUGUCCUCUGGUGGACUUUCAGAUGAUCACGUGGGCAUGAAAAUAUUUAUUACAGAAGGUGUAGUGCCCACCUUGUGGGAGCAGUUAAAUCCGAAAAACAAGCAAGACAAAGUGGUUGAAAGAUUUGUGACAGGGGCAUUGAGAAAUCUUUGUGGCGAUAAAGAGGGGCACUGGAGAGCAACUCUUGAUAGUGGUGGGGUGGAUAUCAUAGUGGGACUACUCUUUUCUGACAAUGCUGCUGCUCAAUCCAAUGCUGCUUCUCUCUUGGCCCGCCUGAUGUUGGCUUUCCCUGAUAGCAUCCCAAAAAUAAUUGAUUCAGGUGCAAUCAAAGCUUUGCUCGGGCUCUUGGGUGAGCAGAAGGAUGUUUCUGUGCGAGCCAGUUCUGUCGAAGCUUUGGAGGCUAUUUCUUCAAAAUCAACCAAAGCUAAGAAAGCAAUCGUUGAUGCCCAAGGCAUGCCAGUACUUAUUAGAGCUGUAGUUGCUCCUUCCAAAGAAGGUAUGCAAGGAGAGGGAGGGCAGGCACUUCAGCGGCAUGCAACAAAAACAUUAGCAAAUAUUUGUGGUGGGAUGUCUGCAUUAAUACUCUAUCUUGGAGAGCUUUCCCAGUCCCCAAGAUUAGCUGCUCCGGUUACAGAUACAAUUGGAGCACUUGCAUAUUCUCUUAUGGUCUUCAAUCAGAAUGUUGAUGAAGAAUCAUUUGAUGCAACAAAAAUUGAAAGUAUUUUAGUGAGGCUUCUAAAACCUACAGAUGAUAAACUGGUUCAUGAACGCCUCCUUGAAGCUAUGGCCAGCCUAUAUGGCAAUGCUCAUUUAUCAGAUACAAUCAAUCAACCAGAGGCAAAAAGGGUGCUUGUUGGGCUCAUAACGAUGGCUAAUGGUGAUGCACAGGAGUAUUUGAUACUUUCUCUGAUAUGCUUGUGCACUGAAGGAGCAAGUGUUUGGGAAGCCAUAGGAAAGAGAGAAGGAAUUCAGUUACUUAUCUCGUCUCUGGGUUUGUCCAGUGAACAGCAUCAAGAGUAUGCAGUUGAAAUGCUUGCAAUUCUGACUGAACAAGUUGAUGACAGCAAGUGGGCAAUCACUGCAGCCGGUGGAAUUCCUCCCCUUGUCCAUUUAUUAGAAGUUGGAUCCCAAAAGGCGAGGGAAGAUGCAGCACAUAUUUUGUGGAACUUGUGCUGUCAUAGUGACGAUAUCCGUGCCUGUGUUGAAAGUGCAGGAGCCAUCCCAGCACUCUUGUGGCUUCUAAAGAAUGGUGGACCAAUGGGGCAAGAGGCCUCAGCUAGGGCUCUAACAAAGCUAAUUAAGACUGCUGAUUCAGCUACCAUAAAUCAAUUACUAGCUCUGCUCUUGGGAGACUCACCAAGGUCUAAGGCUGACGUCGUCAAAGUUUUGGGUCAUGUGCUUUCCAUGGCAUCUCAUGUUGACCUUGUGAAUAAGGGCACUGCUGCUAAUAAAGGGCUGAGGUCACUUGUCCAGGUUCUCAAUUCAUCAAAUGAAAAUGCCCAAGAGCAUGCAGCAUCUGUCUUGGCUGAUCUAUUCAGUACACGUCAUGAUAUCUGUGAUAGCCUUGCAACAGAUGAAGUUGUGAAUUCAUGUAUGAAACUCUUAACUAGCAAAACUCAAGGUAUUGUGACACAGUCAGCUCGAGCAUUGGGUGCUUUAUCCCGUCCUACCCAGACUAAGACAACAAAUAAGAUGUCUUGUAUUGCAGAAGGUGAUGUCAGGCCUUUAAUCAAGUUGGCCAAAACAUCAUCCAUAGAGUCUGCUGAGACUGCAAUGGAUGCCUUGGCUAAUUUGUUGUCAGAUCCUCAAAUAGCUGCAGAAUCAUUGGCAGAAGAUAUUGUUUCAGCCAUAACAAGAGUUCUAGGAGAAGGAUCAUUAGAGGGUAAGAAGAGUGCAUCACGUGCCCUUCAUCAAUUAUUGAAGCAUUUUCCGGUAGGUGAUGUACUGACAGGAAGUGCUCAGUUUCGAUUCGCUGUUCAGGCAGUUGUUGAUUCCUUAAAUGCAAUGGAUAUGGAUGGCUAUGAUGCUGCUGAUGCUCUAGAAGUUGUUUCUCUACUGUCUCGAAUGAAGCAUGGCGUGAACUCUAUGUAUCCACCAUGGUCUGCCCACCCAUCAAGCUUAGAGCCUCUGGUGCACUGCCUGUGUGAGGGACCUCCCUCAGUUCAAGAUAAAGCAAUAGAAAUUUUAUCUAGGUUUUGUGGGGAUCAACCGGUCAUUCUAAGUGACCUCUUGGUUUCAAAUUCACGAUCAGUUGGUGUGUUAGCUGAUAGAAUGAUGAAUUCUAGCAGUCUAGAAGUAAGAGUUGGAGGUAUAGUGAUUUUAAUUUGUGUUGCCAAGGAACAUAGAAUCUGGUCGAUGGAUGCACUUGAGGCAUCUGGAUACUUGAAACCUCUUAUUUAUGCAUUAGUUGAUAUGAUUAAGCAAAAUUCUACUAAUUCUUCUCUUGAAAUUGAAGUCAGAACCCCCAGAGGUUUUAGAGAUAGUUCAGCUUUUCUGGAUGGUGAUGGUUUUGACAUCCCUGAUCCAGCAACUGUAUUGGGAGGUAGUGUUGCCUUGUGGCUGCUAUCAAUAAUUUCUUCCUUUCACCCAAAGAACAAAAUCAACGUAAUGGAAGCUGGGGGACUCGAAGUGCUUUCUGACAAGCUUGCAAGACACACUUCCAAUACUGAGGAAGAGUUUCAGGAUACAGAGGGCAUAUGGCUUGGUUGCCUUCUUGUGGCUAUACUUUUCCAGGAUGCCAAUGUUGUCUCUUCUCCUACAGCCAUGCACUUUAUACCAUCACUUUCACUUCUACUGAAGUCGGAAGAAAUUAUUGACAGAUUCUUUGCUGCUCAGGCAAUGGCCAGUCUUGUUUGCCAUGGAAAUAGGGGAACAAAUCUUGCUAUUGCAAACUCUGGUGCAGUAGCUGGGUUAAUAAGCCUAAUUGGUCACGUAGAAUCAGAUAUUCCCAAUCUUAUUGCCUUGUCUGAAGAAUUUUCUUUGUCGAGGAAUCCAGACCAAGUAGUUCUGGAAAGCCUUUUCCAAAUUGAAGAUGUGCGAGUUGGUUCUGUUGCUCGCAAGACAAUUCCUUUGCUUGUGGAUAUGCUAAGACCAAUGCCCGAUAGACCAGGUGCUCCGCCAUUUUCUGUUCAUCUCUUGGCUCAAAUUGCUGAUGUAAAUGAUACCAAUAAAUUACUCAUGGCCGAAGCUGGAGCACUGGAUGCUCUUACCAAGUACUUAUCUUUGAGCCCUCAAGACUUAGUUGAGGCAACUAUAUCUGAAUUAUUGAGAAUAUUGUUUAGCAACCCGGAUCUUGUACGAUAUGAAGCAGCAUUUAGUUGCGUGAAUCAACUCAUUGCAGUCCUUCAUUUGGGAUCAAGAAGUGCAAGAUUGAGUUCUGCUAGAGCCUUAAGUGAACUGUUUGAUGCCGAGACCAUCAGAGAUUCUGAAGUAUCCAUGCAGGCAAUUCAGCCUUUGGCCGACAUGCUCAAUACUGCUUCGGAGAGUGAACUACAGGCUGCUCUAAGUGCCUUGAUUAAGUUGACUUCAGAAAAUAAUGCAAAAGCAGCUAUGCUGGGUGAAGUGGAAGGCAAUCCUCUUGAGAGUUUGCGUAGAAUCCUGUCCUCUUCUGCUACUUUGGAAUUGAAGAGUGAUGCUGCAGAAUUAUGUUACGUACUCUUUGGUAAUUCAAAAUUCAGAGAAAUGCCAAUUGCAUCUGACUGUAUAGAACCUCUUAUAUCACUCAUGCAGUCGGAUAAACAGAUCUCAGUGGAAUCUGGGGUGUGUGCUUUUGAGAGAUUAUUGGAUGACGAACAACAAGCAGAGAUUUUAUCAGCUCACGAUGUCAUUGGUCUUCUUGUUGGUCUAGUUUCUAGAUCAAAUGAUCGGCUCAUCGAAGCUAGCAUAUGUGCCCUCAUUAAACUGGGAAAAGACCGAACCCCACUAAAGUUGGAUAUGGUCAAUGCCGGAAUAAUUGAAAAUUGUCUCCAGCUACUCCCCACAGCUUCCAAUUCACUGUGUUCCACUAUUGCUGAACUUUUCCGAAUCUUGACAAACAGCAGUGCAAUCGCAAAAAGCUCAGCUGCUGCAAAAAUAUUAGAACCUCUGUUUAUGGUAUUGCUUCGGAGAGAUUUCGGUCUCUGGGGCCAGCAUAGUGCCUUACAAUCCCUUGUUAAUGUUUUAGAGAAACCUCAAAGCCUUGCAACUUUGAAACUUACCCCUAGCCAAGUCAUCGAGCCUUUACUUUCAUUUCUUGAAUCUCCAUCUCAAGCUAUCCAGCAGCUCGGUACAGAGUUGUUGUCUCACCUUCUAGCACAAGAGCAUUUUAAGCAAGAUAUCACAACAAAAAAUGCAGUGGUUCCUCUAGUUCAGCUUGCAGGAAUUGGCAUAUUGAAUUUACAGCAAACGGCAAUUAAGGCAUUGGAAAAUAUCUCCUUAAGUUGGCCAAAGGCAGUUGCUGAUGCAGGUGGUAUUUUUGAGCUUGCCAAGGUUAUUAUUCAAGAUGAUCCUCAACCUUCUGAUGCCUUAUGGGAAUCUGCUGCAGUAGUUCUCUCCAAUCUUCUUCAUUCUAAUACCGACUACUACUUUAAAGUUCCCAUUGUUGUGCUUGUAAAAAUGUUGCACUCGACUCUUGAGAGCACCAUUACAGUAGCGCUCAAUGCACUCAUUGUUCAAGAAAAAACCGAUGCUUCAAGUGCUGAACUGAUGGCUGAAGCUGGUGCUAUAGAUGCUCUGUUAGAUCUUUUGAGAUCUCAUCAAUGUGAAGAAGCAUCCGGUAAACUACUCGAAGCUUUCUUCAAUAAUACGCAGGUACGGGGAACGAAGGCUUCAAAAUAUGCAAUUGCCCCUCUAGCACAGUAUUUGCUUGACCCGCAAACAAGAUCACAAACAGGUAGGCUUCUUGCAGCUCUUGCUCUUGGCGACCUCUCCCAGCAUGAAGGGCUAGCACGAUCUAGUGAUUCCGUUUCUGCUUGCCGAGCAUUGGUAAGCAUUCUAGAAGAUGAGCCAACAGAGGAAAUGAAAAUGGUGGCAAUUUGUGCAUUACAAAACUUUGUCAUUCGAAGCAGAACCAAUAGGAGAGCUGUUGCAGAAGCAGGUGGCGUAUUAGUAAUUCAAGAGCUGCUACUGACUCCUGAUCCGGAGGUUGCAGCACAGGCAGCUCUACUCAUCAAAUUUUUAUUUUCGAAUCACACGCUUCAGGAAUAUGUAUCAAAUGAGCUUGUCAGAUCUUUGACAGCUGCUCUAGAGAAAGAAUUGUGGUCCACUGCCACAGUCAAUGAAGAGGUCUUGAGGACGAUACAUGUUAUAUUUGCCAAUUUUCAUAAGCUCCAUGUUUCUGAAGCAGCUACGCUGUGCAUUCCUCAUUUGGUAGCAGCACUAAAGUCCGGCAGUGAGUCUGCUCAGGAUUCUGUACUGACUACGUUGUGCUUGUUAAAACAGUCGUGGUCGACCAUGCCAAUCGAUGUGUCCAAAUCCCAAGCUAUGGUUGCAGCCGAAGCCAUUCCCAUUCUUCAAAUGCUCAUGAAAACUUGCCCCCCAAGUUUUCAUGAGAGAAUAGAGAGCCUUUUGAAUUGUUUACCGGGUUGUUUGACGGUCACUAUUAAGCGUGCAAACAACUUGAAGCAAGCCGUAGGAGGCACAAAUGCUUUUUGUCGAUUGACUAUAGGCAAUGGUCCUGCUCGGCAAACUAAGGUCGUGAACCACAGUACAUCUCCAGAAUGGAAAGAAGGCUUCACGUGGGCCUUUGAUGUGCCUCCAAAGGGGCAAAAGUUGCAUAUAUUGUGCAAAAGCAAAAGUACUUUCGGAAAGAGUACUCUAGGGAGGGUUACAAUUCAAAUUGACAAAGUUGUAACUGAAGGAAUAUACAGCGGUCUUUUCAGCCUUAGCCAAGACGGCAAUAAAGAUGGUUCUUCCCGGACACUUGAAAUUGAGAUAACUUGGUCCAAUAGGUCAGAUGAAAGUUUGUGA